AUGGAUUUCUCCGAGCAAGACGUAGACGUCUUUGGGGAGGAUUUCGAGCAGGAGGUGGAGGAGGAGGAAGAGGAGCGAGGACGCGGGGAGGCGGAUGAGGAGGAGGAGGACGGCAGCCGCGAUUCCUCUGCCUCCUCUUCGGCCUCAUCCUCCUCCAGCAGCGGCAGUGGCAGCGGGAGGAGCCGGGGCAGCAGCAGUAGGAGCAGCAGCGAUGGGGAGGAGGACGACACGGUCGCGACCACGAUCGGGGGCGGGGCGGUGGAAGAAGAGGAGAGGGAUCUCUUUGGUUCCGACAACGAGGAGUACAUGCGAACGCCGGCUCGUAGCCCGUUUCCAGUUCCCGUGUUACCACCUCUUCAAAGUACUAACAACCAUGGUAGAGGUAAUUUUGGACGUGGUAGAUGGCAGUCUGGAUACCCCAAUGAUAGAGGUCCACCUCUGCUUCCACGACCAGGAUAUAUGCAAAGGCAAAACUUUGGCUAUGGUAGGUUUUCACAUGCAAAUGGGCGUAAUGAUGAACGCUUUGUCUCUGAAAUGAAGCUCACAAAGAGUGAAGAGACUUUGUCGAGGAAAGCCAUUGCAAUUCAAGAGCCUUGUGAGAUUGGCUGCUAUAGCCGGGUUGAAGGUGGAGAUGUCUAUUUUGAUGACCGCAGCUUGAGACUUUUCAAACGCUCUAUUUGUCAGGAUGUUGGAGCACAUCUGAAUCAAGGGUUUGAAUCAUUUGUUGAAAAAAGAGACUUGGGCUCUGAAGGUUUUGGUGAUCUUCUUGCUUGCAUAAGAAACAAAAAUAUACCUCUUCAAAAUAUACAUUUUGUGACUUUCCGUAACAAUCUCAACAAGAUACUGACUACGGCUUAUAUAAGAAAUGAGCCAUGGAAAAUGGGUGUGCACAAAAGAAAUGGUGUUGUUUAUCUUGAUGUGCAUAAGCUUCCUGAAAGACCACAAAGUGAAGUAGACCGUCGAAGAUGUUAUUGGGGCUAUGCUUUUGAGAACCUUGCAACUGAGAACUCCAGAGAAAUUGAUGCAGAUGGCAAAGGCAUUGAUGCAAAUGUAGAAUUCUGUUCUGUAAUUAAAACCAAAUUAGGUGCACAUCGUAUUAUUAUGGGUGCGGAGAUGGACUGCUGUGAUUCAACUGAUGAUGGAAGGAGAUUCUAUGUGGAGUUAAAAACAAGCCGGGAGUUGGAUUAUCGUACAGAAGAAAGAUACGAACGGGAGAAGCUACUGAAAUUCUGGAUCCAAUCAUUUCUUGCUGGGGUUCCAUAUAUUGUAAUUGGAUUCAGGAAUGAUGCUGGGAUACUUGUCCGGACUGAGAGGUUAAGAACCAAAGAUAUAACACAGAGAGUGAAAAUGAAGAACUAUUGGCAGGGUGGGGUAUGCCUGGCAUUUGCCGAUGAGGUUCUAUGUUGGCUCUACGGAACUGUUAAAGAGAAUGAAGAUUAUGUCCUACAGUUUGUCCCACAUUUCCAUCGCUUGGAACUACUCCGAGCCCAGUCUUGCCCAGAUGUCAUCACUCAGCAUGUGGAGCAACUGUGUGGAGAUAAAAAAUAGCUGGUGGAGAGUGAGCCGCGAUAAAGAAAAUUUGUGUUAUGGUAUAAAAAUGAUGGAUAUAUUUCUAAACUGUUAGGAAGACAAAUGAGACUUAUCUCUCAUUGAGAGUCUAAGCAUCUUAUUUUUGGUUGCACUUUGGUUUCUAUCUUAAUUAUAUUAUAAGCCUUCUGCAAUGAAGAAGAUAGUAAGGGUUGACACAUUGCUAAAGGUCUAUAACUGACAUAAGCCAUCAAUCUAAUGAUACCUAUCCUUGUUAUA